UGAUUUUUACUGGUUUUCUGUGAGAAGAAUGCAAGCCAGUCUGAAAUAUCUGACAGACACUCGAAUAAUGAAUGGGGGUUCACCAACGUACCAUUGUCAAUACAACCCAAUUUUGGCCAAGGCAAACCUCACAGGAUCAAAGGUUUGGUUUAAUUAUUUAUUCAACGCAAGUUGUGGCCUUAACUUCAUCCAAGUUGCCAAUCUCCCACUGCCACCACCGAACAGCGGCAUCAACUACAAGACGACCACCAUCAGAAUACCUUGUUCAAAGCCACCUACAGAUGAGCCAGAAUCAGAAUCAACGAGUGUAUUACCAGACCCACCAGCAAGCACCAACAUCCCUGGUAUUGUCAACUACACCAGCAUAAGGGUGGCCAUUAUUGGAGGAAUGGCUGGUUUGAUGAUCCUGAUUACCUGCUACAUAAUCUAUAAAUACUUUGGAGCCAACUUUGCCAACUCAUUGGUUUUCAAAAGGUUGCCCACAGCUCCCAUUGUUCCUGUCCUGGUGGUGUAUCCUGCUGUGAAUUCAGCCUUCCAGCAGGCCGUGGUGGCCCUAGCAGAGUUCCUGCACGGGCACGGCGGCUGCAGCGUGGCUGUCGACAUGUGGCAGCAGGGGAAAAUCGCAGAGCUGGGGCCCAUGCGCUGGCUGGCAGAAAAGGUCAUGACUGCAAAGAGAGUGCUCAUCGUCUGCCCACAGCCCCAUUUACAGACCAGGGCCUCUUCACCCAACAUAACUCUUCAGGAACCCUCAAUCUCAGCUGCAGCUCAGGACCUCUACCCCCUGAUUCUCAACAUGGUGGCGAGCCAUGCCAAAAGCCCCGGCGACUUGGCUAAGUUCUGGGUGGUGCAGCUGGGAAAGCAGCGGGACAAAAAGCUUGGCAAUCUUCCACUCGAACUGAGAACCUGCAAGACUUUUAGUUUGAUGAAGGACUUAAACAAGCUGUGCAGGAGGCUGCAUACCAAGAGUAAAGAUGAGAAGACGAUUUCCGAUCUGUUCUUCAGACCAGGGGUUGCCUAUAUUGAAAAGUGUACAGGGAAGUUAAGGGAAGCUGUGGAAAAGCUAGGUGGACAGCAGCCAAGCAUUUUCAGUGAGGAGGAACCAUUGACAUCUGAGGAUGCCAUUGUUUGAACAUCUGCAAUAAAAUGUUGAUUGAUUUAUAGAGAGGUUGGGUUGGGAUAGGUCAUUGGUGAAUAGCUGAGUAUUUUAAUUAGUUAUCAUCCUCAUCAUCAUGUAACCUCAUGAACACAAGCACAAAGAAAGAAAGGCA